GGGCCAGUCCUCGUCCAUGGAGGUCUUCACCAACCUGUCCCUGGACCUGGAGCCUGGAGGCUCGGUGAGCCAGGCCCUGGACAGAUACCUCACGGAGAGCUCUCUGAAGUACGCCUGCCAGUGCGGAGGAAAUACAUCUGGCACCCAGUCCUGCUUCCUGACCCUACCUAACGUUCUGGUCCUCCACCUGAAACGCUUCCGCUUCACCCUCACUGGGAGGAUAGAGAAGGUGGAGGAUGAAGUCCUCCUGUCCAGAAACCUGGGACUCAGCAUUGGGACAGGAGAAGUACACACUCGUGAGUGUACUGAGCCACAUCGGUGCCCGGGCUACAUCAGGACAUUACAUCAGUGAGGGGGCCUAUCCGGAAGAGGGCAACAACCUGGCUGACCAAUGGCUGCGCUACAAUGACCUGAAGGUGUCACGGACCACCGGCAGGGCCGUCUGUCGCCGGCGGCAACGCACAGCCUACCUGCUGUUCUACCAGCGACAGGUGUAGAACAGUCUGGGGUCUGGGUGGGGGUGGGGGAAGGGCCCUCUGGUCUUUGGUGGGUGUCAGGGAUGUUGAGGAGCAGACCAACAUCCCAUCCCAGAGCCCCCCGAGACCACGCUGAGCCCACCCAGGAGCGAUGGAGUCCCAGACUCAGUGGUCUCCUCCACCCAGGCAGCCCCAGCCCUCAGCUCCUGCUGCAGCAGAUUCCCCUCGCCGAGUUUGCUUCAUUGCAACGGGGAAAACUGGGGCAGAAGUUGGCCGGAGGAAAGAACCAUUGGUGUGGUCAGCAGCUCAGGUGAGACUUUAAAUAACUGAUCAUUCACACACACAAGGCCCCGCUGCUGCUAGACCUACCAUGCAUGUUCACCUGGACACUCAGCUAUUGAUUCAUGU